AUGAAAGACCUAGUAUUGGCACCAAAGAGCAAGAUCGAAACGAACAUAUACCGCCAAGAUCUCAAAGCUUUGGAAGCACUGCGGGCCGGAAAACCAGAACCCAAUUUCAACAAGAAGAAGCGGCUUCCGCCCCCAGAUGAAGGAAAGGGCCUGUAUGACCCAGUGUUGGCACCAAAGAGCAAGAUCGAGAUGAAGAAUUAUCGCCAACAGGUCAAAGCCUUGGAAGCUUUGCGGGCCGGAGAACCAGAACCCAGUUUCAAGAAGAAGUGGGUUCCACCCCCAGACGAUGGAAAGGGCCUACCACCUGCAGUUAUAAGAAAGGGUACCGUGGAGAAGAGAAAAAAUAGCUACUGGGGGAACGGCUGGGACGAGCAGAUAAAAGCUGAGCGUCUUGAACACAAACAAAAGCAGGCGGAAAAGUUUCACUCGAAAAAUAAGGAGAAACAGUUGAAAUCUAACAUGAUUCAGAACAAAAGGAGGAAAAAUAUACUCGAUGAGAGCAAAAACAGGCAUCAUGAAAUGUUCAUGCUCACCCCGCAUGUGGACCAUAAGGAAGUAUACAAACGGAGCGAACAAGAGGAAUAUGAUGAGGCCCGUGACCUCAAAACGUUCAAAGUACCAGCAAGGAAGACGCCAUCAAAAUGGGGUGCAGAGUACGACAAGAUGGAGGGUCCCCUAGUUUCAAAUCACACGCAGCACAGUGCGAUAGCUAUUCCUCCAGCCGCUGGCGCACGAGCUCGUAGAUUGAGCUUCCAUGACAAGACUGAGCUGGGCAAAGCAGUGCAAAAGAAACCGAUCGACGACAAGAAGCACUUGGUUAUUGACAAGAAGCCAGUCAACCAGCGCCCACACCGCGAGAUCUCACCGGGCUCUUCGGCUCAGCCUUUGGCUCGUAGGGGUAGUUGGCACGGUCGUGUAGAAGAUGAUGGAUCCGGGGUAUUGCAACGAACCCGAGAUCCCGCAAAGAAGAAGGAUGACAGCGCAUAUUACGAACGGUUGAUUCACGGAUUGGCAAUUGAUCUUAAUUAUGGAUCUUUCGACGAAGCUUACCUUGAUAUAGAGAGAUCGAUGAAAACUGGGGAAACGAUCGAUGUCAAACAGCGAUCUGAUGACAUGUGGGCGAAGCGCUGGCGGGAUUUCGAGCGAGAUAGGAUCAGAGAGGGCGUCGACCCCGCAUAUUUCAAGUCAAGUUUUUAA